AUGAAGGAGUUGGAUGAAUGUUUCUUGCAUUUUUUGCGUUUGGCUGCUGUGUCUAAAAUUUUUAGUUCUAUAAACGUUGUAAGCACAUUGUAUCCUAUUGUUUUUGCUUUAGAUUAUAUAGUCGAUCUUUCUGUGUUAGCAGCAGCUAUACCCAUGCUAUUAUUUCAUCGUAAUUUGAGUUCUCCUUUUUUUGAUCCACUAGGUGGAGGUGAUCCGAAUUUAUUCCAACAUAUAUUUAUAUUUUUUGGCUAUCCAGAGGUUUAUGCUUUAAUGUGGUCUUGUUUGGAGAUUAUAGGUGAUAUUUGCUCAAAGUUAAGAUUAAAACCGGAUGAUUUAAGGUUUUAUGACUUAUUAUUUGCUACGUUUUCUAUUGUGGGUUUGGGAUGUAGAGUUUGA